CGGAAACUGAAGUCAUCGCCAGAAAGAAACAGCGACGACGACAAANNCUCAAGCAUACACAUCACAAUGAGCCUUUUUGCAACGUCAAGGGCAUUGGCCUUCCGCCCUAGGGCAUUCGCGACUAUCCAGAGCCCGAUCGCAGCAUCAUGGCGCCGCAACUACGCAACGGACCCCAAGCAGAGCGGAGGCGCUGGACCCAACAUGAACCAGCAAGAGCACAUUAGCGAAGAGGCGGCAAAGAUUGAAAAGAUCCGGGGAGGCUCAGGACCGGACUUGGAAAUGGGUACACCGGUGCAGGAGGAAGACCAGGAAGCACAGAAGAAGGCACCCCAAGUGCUCAAGGACAGCAUCAAGGCCGGCGCGGUCCCUCCCAAGCCUUCGCAAACACGCUCGUUCUCGACAUAUGCCCGCCGCAACCAGGAAUUGAGCGAGCACAACGACAGCCCCUUCGACGACGCCCUUCUCGCAAACACAAACUUUGGUGCUCAGGAGCUCUCUGGCCCUGCCACUCCCAUCGCUGCUGCACCUGUUGGACACAAGUUUGGUCUGCCCGCUCUGCCGCUGCCCAGCAAUGCACACAAAGACUACCGCUACGACCCCGUGGUGCGCCAGUUCACCAACCUGAUGAUGCUGCAUGGCAAGCUCAGUGUCGCCCAGCGCAACAUGUCUACCAUCCUGACGUAUCUGCGCACCCAGUCUCCUCCAAACUACAAUCCCAGUAGACCGCUCUUGCCCGGUGCCCGUGAGUGGACUCUUCAUCUGCCCAUCUACCAUCUUCUCCCGCUAACACUUUCCCACNNAGCCCCACCAUCCCACCUUCCUUUGAACCCUGUCCUUUACCUCACCCUCGCCGUCGACAGCAUCGCCCCCCUCAUGCGCAUCCGCUCACAACGCGGUGCCGCCGGUGGUGGUGUCGCCCUCCAAAUCCCCGUCCCAUUGGGUCUGCGUCAACGCCGCCGCACCGCCUUUGAAUGGAUCCUAGACGCCGCUUCCAAGCGCAAGUCGCGCGGCAGUGGCCGUGACAUGUUUGCCCUGCGCGUUGCCGAGGAGAUUGUCGCCAUCGUCGAGGGCCGCAGCUCUGCUUGGGAGAAGCGUACGGGUAUCCACAAGAUCGCCACCACUGCCAGAAGUAACUUGGGCUUUGGCAGAGUUGGUGGUCCGAGAAGGUAG